CAAUCUGCCAAGCAUGAACACUUGAGAAAACAGCAGGAGAUGGACCACAACCAGAACCAAGGCACCGCUUUAUUCCAGGAUAUUUUCCGUCGGGCAGACAAAAACGAUGAUGGGAAGCUGUCCUUGGAGGAGUUCCAGUCCUACUUCACCGAUGGAAUCCUCACGGAUGCUCAGAUGCAGGAGAUGUAUUACUCCGUCGACAGGCAGCAGACAGACAAUCUGGACAUUGAUGUUCUGUCAGAGUACUUCACUCCACAUCUGGGAGAAUACGUCGACGUCCUGUCUGCUCUGGAGAAGCUGAAUGUGGCCAUUUUGAGAGCAAUGGAUAAAACAAAAGAGGAGUAUCAGGGUUCGUCUGUGCUGGGCCAGUUUGUGACCCGCUUCCUGCUGAGGGAAACCUCCACCCAGCUGCAGUCCUUGCAGUCCUCCCUGGACUGUGCUAUGGAGGCCGUCUAUGACCAUGGCUUCCCAGAGAGGAGGAUACCCAAGAAGCCUGAGGACCUCCCCAUCCAAAGGGCGCCCAAACGGCCCGGCCGUCGCAUCCAGAAGAACAUGUGUCUCUCUCCCACAGACCCCUACUCUGGCAUGCUCACCACAGGGGUCAGCGUGGAGCCGGACAACCACUGGGGCUCGCAGAUCAACCAGCUGGAGCAACUCAUCGAUAAGAUGGAGUGUGAGAGCCCUCACCUCGAACCUCUCAAAGAAGACACACUGGCUGGGACCUAUAAAUCGAAUAUACUUCUGGUACAAAGACAAAUGUCUGUGAAGGAGACGGAUGUGGAGCAGUUUCAGCGAGCUCUCAAAAUCUACACAGAAGCCACCACCAGCCAGCUCAACAACCUGCACGUUUCUGUUCAAAAUCUUCCAAACCGAUCAUGCUUCAUCAUGUAUGAAUUCUGGCAGGAUCGCCUCUCCUGGAUGACCUACCUGCAAUCGUCCAUCAGCAAGACCUUCCAGCGCUGCAUUAUCGACUCAUUGGAGGAGCCUGAAAUGGUCUCCACCAUGCUCCUUCCAGCCUCCUGGUGGAUCAUGAACAACAACUGAGUGAGCUGCCUCUCCACUUACAGAAAAGAGAAGAAGUUGGAGAUCGUGCAGCCACAUCUUCUUUCACAGUAACUCUUUCCUCAUGGCAUGACCCAGAUCAUAUUUGCAAAGCCUUGCUAAAAAAUGAAGACUUGCUCGGAAAUCUCUGUAGACGAUGAAGCAAACUUAAGAUUUGAUUGAAAAAUACAUUUUAUUGUGCGAACAGAUGUUGGUUCUCACCUUGUUUUGCUUCUGAUUUAUUAGAAACUGAAGGUAAAAUAAAAUAAAAAAAUGCAUGAAGUUUUGUUUUUCUGCUAGUCUGUGUCAUUUAGUUUAAAAUAGAAUGCAAAAUAAAAAAUUGACAUAAUUUAGUCUUUCACACAGAUAAAAGAUUGGUAGCGAUCAGGGUAACCUUUCCUCUUGUUCUCCAUGUGCUGUUGUUGUUGUUGUCUCCUUCCGAGCUUUUCUACCGUCUUCUUGCUGAUGGGGUCAGCAUCCAUCAGCGAAGCAUAGUCACUGAAUAAAUAUGAUCUGUAC